AUGUCAUUCACAUACCUCCGUAGCGUGAACUCCUUGGACCCACGUAGAACGGCGAUGGGCAGAAAGACCACGCGACAUUUUGUGCCAUUACAGCUAGAAAAAGGAAUAGAGAAAUCUUCUAUCUUUCUGUAUACAGCAAUCAGUUCUUGUUCUGACCUGACUUUGUGCAUCUUCAUACCAUUUUUGCUGACACACAACUCACAGUACGGUAUUGACGAUUCAACUGAAUUGACGCGAUCGUUCUUUAUCUAUUAUGUCAUGAUCAUUAUCAAUGCUCUAGUAAGGAAGAUUCAGACAACAAAACAGAUCACCUAG